GCGCGAGCCUCUCUUUUGAAAGGGGUUUGGGGAGUCGGCAUCUCGGACCCCUUCGCCGUUUCUCUACCUUUUUAGGUGACCCCAGAUGAGGUCCUUUUUUUCGUCAGACUUCUCUCUUCUCUGGGAUGUCAAGGGCAGAUGAGAAUCAAGAGCAGUGGGUGAAUUAGAGACUCGAUUUCCCGACAGUUGCCCGCCUUACUUUCCUCCCUUGUUUUGGGCAUUUUAAGUUACCAUUUACCUCGGUCCACUAGAAACAAGGUUGAUGCAUCUCACCCGAGUCCAGCUCUCCUUUACAGGCGUUCUCUCCACUGUUAUGGUUCUAUGUGUAUGAAGCAAUUGAUACCAGAGAUGGAUUAUCUUGUGCAGAGUUGGUAUCUUUUAAGCAUCCUCAUGUUGCAAAUCCCCGGCUUCAGCUUCCCUCUCCAGAAGAGAAGUGUCAACAAGUGCUGGAACCUCCAUAUGAUGAAAUGUUUGCUGCUCAUUUAAGGUGUACCUAUGCAGUAGGAAACCAUGAUUUCAUUGAAGCAUACAAAUGUCAGACUGUGAUAGUUCAAUCUUUCCUGCGAGCAUUUCAAGCCCACAAAGAAGAAAAUUGGGCUUUGCCAAUUAUGUAUGCUGUAGCACUUGACCUUCGAAUUUUUGCUAAUAAUGCUGACCAGCAGUUGGUGAAGAAAGGGAGAAGUAAAGUUGGGGAUAUGUUAGAAAAAGCAGCUGAAUUGUUGAUGAGCUGUUUUCGAGUUUGUGCCAGUGAUACUCGUGCUGGUAUAGAUGAUUCCAAGAAGUGGGGAAUGCUAUUUCUGGUGAAUCAACUAUUUAAAAUUUAUUUUAAGAUCAACAAACUUCAUCUUUGUAAGCCCUUAAUUAGAGCCAUUGAUAGCUCAAAUCUGAAAGAUGACUACAGCACAGCACAGAGAGUUACAUACAAGUACUAUGUUGGUCGCAAGGCGAUGUUUGACAGUGAUUUUAAGCAAGCUGAGGAAUAUCUAUCAUUUGCCUUUGAGCAUUGUCACCGUUCAAGUCAGAAAAAUAAAAGAAUGAUUCUGAUCUAUCUGCUGCCAGUAAAAAUGCUAUUGGGUCAUAUGCCAACAGUUGAGCUUUUGAAAAAGUAUCAUCUUAUGCAAUUUGCAGAAGUAACCAAAGCUGUAAGUGAAGGAAAUCUUCUGCUCUUGAAUGAAGCUCUGACAAAACAUGAAACCUUCUUUAUUCGCUGUGGUAUUUUCCUUAUCCUUGAGAAGCUAAAGAUCAUCACAUAUAGAAAUCUCUUUAAGAAAGUAUAUUUAUUACUUAAAACGCAUCAGCUUUCUCUUGAUGCUUUCCUAGUUGCCUUAAAAUUUAUGCAAGUUGAAGAUGUUGAUAUUGAUGAAGUCCAGUGCAUUUUGGCCAAUCUCAUAUAUAUGGGUCACAUUAAAGGAUACAUAUCUCAUCAACAUCAAAAGCUAGUGGUUAGCAAGCAAAACCCUUUUCCUCCACUUUCAACUGUAUGUUGAUUCUAUAACAUUAAGUAUAGAUUCUACAACAUCAGUUCUAAGGAACUUUUGCAGAACUUUAAACUUUGCAGAUUGUUUUUUUUUAAGUCAUGCAGUUGAAACUCAAAAAGUAAUCCUGUUACACUCGGAACUGGAAUCUUGGAAACUGCUCAUGGCUCCUUUCCCAGGGACACAGAGGCUAUGAACUUGGCAGCGUACCUAGAGGACAUGAAUUGCUCUUUUAUAAAUUAUAGCUUCUGUUAACUUCAGUAUGAUCUAAAGUUUCUCUAUAGGAAAAAAGAAAACAUUCCUAGCCUACCAUGAAACUUUUAUAAAACUUCUGAAAAGAUGGUAUUUUGAAUAUUUUUAAGGUAGCUACACAUUUUACUUUUCAUAUUGUUGUUCAUAAAAUGACUUUUGUAUUUUUUCAUAAGUAUUUUGAAAAAAUAUUCAGAAUGUAUUGAGAUUGUCUUCACUCUGACAUCUUUCAGAAUAUUAGGGUUUCAGUAUUCCAUUUGAAUGUUGUUUUGCCCAUAACAGCUUGGAAACCUUAAAUUUCUUUAAGAGGCAAAUUAAAUUUUAUUUUGAAUGCUU